AUUCAUUCAAUCGCCGACCAAAAAGCCCGCUGCUUGCAUAGUCUCUCGCUGCAUAGUCUCUAUUUGCACGAACGACGCCACUCACACUCAGAAAAUCUGGCUUUCCUUUCCAUUUUUCUCCUUUUUAAGCGCUCUACGAAUCACGUUAAAAUUUAUCGCGUAUGCUUCGAUACCUGGAAGCGUGCAACAAUCCUUCGUCGUGGUUCAUUGUUCAGUUACAUCGAUAGGAAACGAGUGGCAGUUAAUGAACAUCGGACGCGUGCCACGGAUCCCACAAAAUCUGUCUACCAACGGUGGCUUCGCACAAAAAUAGAAUGCUAUCCCUUCAUUUGCCAACUGGUAAAUAUCGUUUCAAUAAUAUGCUUUCUUCCGUUUGUUUCAUUUGUUUUUACCGAUUCUCUGGAUUCGUGCCUUUAAAUCUUAAAUAUCAACACUUCAAUGCAGAUAAAAUUUUAUUUGACGACUUAAAAAUUAUUUUACAUUAAAACGAUGCUUCGUCCGUGUUGUUAAUUGAAAUUGGAUGUAAAUCUUUUUCGUGACAACGCCUCUUAGCACCUCGGUUCAUAUCAAAUUUAACGCACUCUAAAUGCACUUUAUAUGUUUGCACCUGUUCAUGUCCAUCCGGAAGCAGUUUCAUAACUCAUCAAGUUUCUUAAAGCGAAUGCAGUAAUAAGAACACUUUGUUCGAUUCUUACUGGUUCAUCAAUAUUACAUUAGAACAAAGUGUUCAGUGACCGCACAUGAGCUACAGGUCGACAUUUCCUACAGAUAAACGAAUACGUAGGCCUCCAACCUACCUUCCCCCACGUAUUUCGACCCACGUCAAAGAAAAAAUAAAUCUUCGUUACGCUUCCUUACGAACGCGCAACAAUUCAGCUGAAAAAAGCUCAGUAUAAUUUUCCACCUUGAAACCAUCUAAUAUGUCUUAUAUUUCCAAAUCAAAUCCAAAAAUACAGAAUUACUUCAAACUGAAGCUUUAACUACCUAUUAAACAUUAGAACGAACUUAUAAGGAUUCAAAUAACACACAAAACGAUGUUAUCAGUCGAUAACAUUUUGGCGACUUAUUAAAACGAAAAUUGUUUUCGAAGCUUGAAUGAAAAAAUCUUAAAUUAAGAGACCUAUUUUGUUUUCUCUUUUCUCGUAAUGAUAGUUUUAAACUCAGCCAGUAUUAAAUUUUGAUAAAAUAUUAUGUAUAGGAAGUGUUCGAAUUUUCAAGAGUAUUUUGCCCAAUGAAUUACAUAAAAUUUCAAUAAGGUAAACAUUACAGUUUUCUAACAAACAUAACGCAAUUUCUAACAAAUAAGAGAAGAAACUUCUGGUCGGUACUUAAAUGAGUGCCUAAGCGAGUGUAAAUAAAAAAAUGAUAAUAAGCAAAAAUCGUCAUUAGUUUCAAUCUAAAGAGCUUUUAAUAUUCAAUCUUUUACGCGUGUACUCGUGCACAACAUUGUCCCCGUUCACGCUCGAUUGAAAAAGCGACACGGAUGUGCAUACAGUGGUCGCACACUUCGCCACCACUCAAACAGAAGCAGCGACGACACACGAGCCAGUCGGGCACCCUUCUGAGCGCGUGCAACGCGGUGCGCAGCAGCUGAAGAAGAAGAAGACGAUGACGAAGAGACGGCGGAGGGCGAGGGAGGCUGCGCUGCUAUAUGUAGUCCCGAAUCUUAGCCGGAGCAACUAUUACGCCCGAAAUUCUCGAGGCGGACGCACCCCCGUGUUUAGCAACAGGUAGAAGAUACGCGAGAGAUUACUUAAAACCGCGCGGCAUCAUCUUCAAUCCGGGGGUUCAACGUUCUUUCGCGGUAUUCUUCAACAUAAAGUAACACUUGCAAUUAGUGACCGUGUGUGACAGUGAAGUUAGAUCAGACAGAUCUAAGGUAUGGUUUGUGUGAUUCCAAGAGUCAAAUAGAGAGAAGAAGGCAAAUUACAAUAAAGAAGAAAAUGCCGAGGGCAUUUCUAAUCACCCACCGACGAUACAAUGGAGUCGAAGAAGAGUUUGAUGGAUCCGGAAGAGAUUUCAGUCCUGAAAGAGGAGUAAGACUGGCCGAUUACAGUGGAAACCAUCCAACUUCUGACGGCGCUAGCGAAUGCGGUAGCGAAACAUCGUCAGAUUGUCCCGAAGAAUUGUACAAUCUCACAAAAUUGGCAGAAGUGAGCUUAGCCGCAGCCGCUGGUACGUUAAUUCAUCCCAACAACGUGAUUUAUCAGCAACCAGCUUCGCCUAGAUGUGCUCAAUUUUCGGACAAAUGCGGCAGAAUAAUGACCCCACGAGCAAAACAGCAAGAAUCGCAAUUUCAAGAUCACCCAGAGACCCUCGAAGAUGAACAGACACUUGGUGAAAGAACGAGACUCUUCUUCGAGAGGAUCGAGUGCGAACGUGAGAUUUUACAGAAUCGUUCAAAGAGGAACACAGUUUUAGGCAUCCACGUUUCACCUCAUUCUCAUCAGUUGCAAGAGGAACGUCAAAGUCUCGAAGCCUCUGAGAAUUCGCUCGAUAAAGCUGAAUUGGAAUCAAUUCAGUCCACACCCUCGACUAUCUGUCAAAACCGAAGAACAACCUCGACUUCAACGGAGACGUCAAAAUCCGAAGACAAUGAGGAUCACGAAUGUCCUGACUGUGGAAAAAAGUACUCGACAUCGUCUAAUUUGGCCAGACAUCGACAAACGCAUAGAUCUCUUGGAGACAAGAAAGCCAGAAGGUGUCCACACUGCGAUAAAGUCUAUGUCAGUAUGCCUGCGUUCAGUAUGCACGUUAGAACGCAUAACCAGGGGUGCAAGUGCCAUUAUUGCGGCAAGUGUUUCUCGAGGCCGUGGCUCCUGCAGGGACACAUACGUACUCAUACAGGCGAGAAACCAUUCAAAUGUACGAUCUGCAAUAAAGCGUUUGCUGACAAGUCAAACUUACGCGCCCACAUACAAACGCACUCGAACACCAAACCAUAUGUAUGCGGUCGCUGCGGUAAAGCAUUUGCUCUGAAGUCGUAUCUCUACAAACAUGAAGAGUCAUCAUGUAUGAGAGCGCAUCAUCGAUCAUCUGCGGAUAAAGCCGAUGGGAACGAUCAAAAAGCAACAUCGUCGUCAACAAAAUCCUGUGCUCCGCUGGCAUCUUCUUUGAACAGACUACAAACAACGUCGUGCGUCACGGCAUCCCCUACCAGCGUUAUCGUUCCUCGCUUGGGUCUCAAUCGCGAUCAAAAUAAUUCAUCUUCGGCGUUUUCCGCUAUCAUUAGGCACACCAGGGUUCCCGAUGCAUCAGUGACACCUCCGCCAUCAAAACGUUUCUACAGAGAGAAAACCCCAGGCGAAGAACGAGAGAGGAAAGCACCUGAUAACACAACCAAAAAUCCAGAGUGUGUGUCCAGAAUGGUCAUUAGAACUUCCGUUAUAUCUCCUAAUCCGGAACAUCUUAGUCGCUUCAACAAUGACAGUCAAACCUCUUCUAACAGUUAUGAUUUUUCCGACCCUGCGAGGUCUUCCGCAUUUUCCCAGCCGACAACGAUGACACUUAAUUUAGCUAUUGCAUAGAAUAACCGCAUAUCGAAGAAAAGAAGAAUAUUCGUCCAAAAUGCUAGAACAAAACUACGGCAAGUAUUUUUAGCGAAUAACGAUAGCAAUAUUAUCGUACAUAGAUACACCAAAGAUUAUUUUAUACUCAUGAAACGUUCAAUCUGGGUUUGAAUGUGUAUCAUAAGCAUGAAAGAACUACAAUCUACAUCAAAAAAUAUGAAUGAUUAAAUAAUCGCUUCAUAGAGAUACAAAGACGUAAUUACUUACUAGCAACUAGUGUCAUUCCUAUCAAUAUUAAGAUAAGUUCGUUAAGUUUUAAUGGGAAACGUUUGAAAUUCUAUUAUCUUACUUACUGACAUCUUUCUAUGAGCAAUGAACACCCAUUUCUAUAUAGUUAAGUAUAUGGAGUCAAUUUUGAGAUGAGUUCAACGAGGAUAAGAAAUAUUAUAGAGAUUACUUAUAUCACGAAUAUUAUUCCACACACCUUCCUAAUUAGGGACCAUCUAGCACAUAGUCAUAUUAACGAUAAAAUUGUGAAUUAUCAAUUCCUAGUGUUGUGCCUUAAAUACUAUUCGUACGUAGUUACAAUUUUUUAAAGACAUAUCACGCGUAUUAAGAAACAAAACUAAUUUAUUGAUUUAAAGUGAAAUGCAGUGCCUAUAUGCAUACCUAUCUUAGUAUUAGUUGCAUUGAUCAAAUUUUCCAAGCUCUUCUAGGCAGCUAAAAAUUCCUCGAGGCUUGAAACUAACAAUACACUGAAGUGUAGAUUACCAACGAAUACCAAUCAAAUUAUAUGUAGACAUUCAUAUAAUUGUGAAAUAGUAUAAAAAUAAGUGAAAAGAAUAGAACUAUUUUUAGUUCAAGCAAUCUGUAUAUAAGAAAUUACAUUUUUCAAGAACUUGUAACUUUACAACGUCUUGUUUAAAAUGUAUGUUAGACGUUUACAUUGAACUACAUAUUUUUAUUACGGUGGUCAAAUUCAAAUUUGGCAAAAUUAAUCAUUGAAGUGUAUAAAGUAAAGCGGAAAAAUAUUGAAUAGCAAUUAGGAUUUCCAUUAAAACAACAGAUAACGUGGAUAAAUGUAAUUUUGGAUCACAUUUUUCUACAAGUAUAUAUCUAAGGAAACACAUAGUUUUAUAUUGUAGUACGUUAAUCGCGUUUUUAAAUACGAACGCGUAUUGUCUGUGAUUCGAGUUUUCAUAAACGGAACCGACGGCCAUAUGCAAUCUAGUAGCCCUCUAGUGGUCGUAUUAUGUAAUUAAGAAUUUUUUUUGUUUUCGAUACGUUACCGAUCAUCGGUAACGAUCUGAGUGUAAACUAGUCCAAUCCGAUCUGCUAUUCUAUGCGCAACCCAUCGAAUUUUUGUUGAUUUGUACUGCAUAUGUAUAUUAUGUAUGAAAUGGUUCACGCAUAUCUUUCAUAAUCUUUCUAAUCUUUUUUCGUAAUUACUUACAUGGUGAUUUAAGAAAAAUGAAAUUACUUUUCUCGGCUAAAAUAAAAACUUACAAGAGGACGGUUGCACAGAAAAUCGAAUAGCAGCGGUUUUAUAAUAAAGAUUUCACGUAGUUUAUCUAUUUUUUCACAGUAAUGUCAUACAUUAGAACACGUGUUUGUAAUAACCUGAAAUCAAAAGCGAGCACAAGUACUUGUAUCCUAGUCAUCGAUCUGUUACGAAGAUUAAACACAGAACAUUAAAUUACAUCCCAAAAUGUAAUGUUAUAUUGUAUAGUUAUGUAAAAUCACAUGUUGUAAAUAGCAUUCCCUACAUUAUACAUUAGUAUAUAUCUAGAAUGUCACAAAUAGUCCUAAUAAUUAACACAGUUGUAAUGUAUUUUCGUUUUACGUAUGUAAUGUACCAUUUGUACAUUGGAGUGCCUAAGCAAACAUUUUACCAAUUUUUCUACGAAUUGUGCAAGUCAUAUCUAUUAAAAUGAAAAAAAUAUACGUAUAGCUAUAUAUA